AUGACGUUACGUUUAACCUAUUGUGCGCGCAUCAUCAACAAAGUCUACAAGGACUUAUUCACCGAAUUGUCAUUGUUCUUCUUCCGUUUCCAUAAUUUCAUAGAACUCACUGUACUGAGUAGUGUCGUUUGGAAAGUAGAUUGGUGGGUCAUUAGAUCUGUCAAGAAUUUCUACCAAUUCGUCCUGAAUGUGGCGUUGGCAGCAUUCCUACUCUCAGUUAUUCUUGUCAAAGAGUGGAAAUCAUUAAGGGAAUUGUUUAAAAUGUCAAUGAGAAGUAAUUUUUGUCGUGAUAGCCAAUUUUCAAAUGAAGCAAAUCUGAAUCAUGAUUCAAAAUGGGUACUCAAUUACUUUGCGGAAAAGGCCAUGGUUCUUUUCAGCGAGUCGUUGGUCCACUGCUUUGAAGCUAUCAUAGCAAGCUCAGUAUCUUGUCCUGGGUCUGGGUGCUCAGAAUUUCUUCGAUUUAAUAUAGCGUAA